AUAUAUCACUUAAUAAUUUUUACAAACAAAUUCGCUGGUUUAUUCAAUGUGUUUAACUAAGUGGCAGUGCAGACUAGUUGGCAUUGAAGGGUCUUCAGGGGCUGGGGAGUCGUAAGCGCGUGUUUGGUUUCCAAUAUUGGCAGCACACACCGCCAGCGUCAGCAAAAAAGUUAUCAGCUGCGAAGAAGAAAAGACAAAAGCCAAAAGCAUUGAGUGCCACAAAGAGUCGCACGUAGCAAGUAGCUAACUGGCUGUUUUGUUGCCAUGGCCAGUCCCAGGACGCGACGAGUGCUCCAAGAGCUGAAGCCACAAGAUGAUAAUUCGAAAUGCUUCGAGUGCGGCACACACAAUCCCCAGUGGGUGUCGGUCACCUACGGCAUUUGGAUAUGUCUGGAGUGCUCCGGCAAGCAUCGCAGCCUGGGCGUUCAUCUGUCUUUCGUGCGCUCCGUGACGAUGGACAAGUGGAAGGACAUUGAGCUGGAGAAGAUGAAGGCGGGCGGCAACCGCAAUGCACGCGAAUUCCUGGAGGAUCAGGCCGACUGGAGCGAACGGGCACCCAUAACGCAGCGAUACAACUCCAAGGCUGCCGCUUUGUACCGCGACAAGAUUGCGACACUGGCCCAGGGCAAGAGCUGGAACCAAAGCGAAGCCGAAGCGCGGCUGGGCAGCAGCAACAGCCAGAGCGGCAAUAGCGGCAGCAGAAGCUCGCAGUCGCAUGCCAGUGCAACAGGUUACGGCGGCUCCUCCGAGGGCUAUCAGAAUGGAGGCGGCAGCUAUAGUGAUGCGCCCGGCUAUCAGCAGUACCAGACACAGGAAUUUCGCGAUCAGAAGGAGGAGUUUUUCAGCAAACGUCAAGUGGAGAACGCUUCGCGCCCAGAAAACUUGCCACCGAGUCAGGGCGGAAAGUAUGCCGGCUUUGGUUUCACACGUGAGCCACCGCCAAAAACGCAAUCUCAGGAGCUCAUCGACUCGACACUGUCCACGCUGGCCUCGGGCUGGAGUUUGUUCUCCACGAAUGCCUCAAAGUUGGCCAGCACCGCCAAGGAGAAGGCUGUUACCACUGUCAAUUUGGCAUCAACGAAGAUGAAAGAAGGCACUUUGCUAGAAACCGUUCAGAGCGGUGUUACAGACGUGGCCUUCAAGGUUACAGACAUCGGCAAGCGCGGCUGGAAUAACUUGUCGGGCAGCAAUGUUUCGUCCCCGCAGAGCGGCUACAACGAUCCCAAUUUCGAGGACAAUCCCUAUCAGCAGCGUUCCAAUUCGGUGGGUGGCAACUUAGCCGGAGGCUUGGGCCAGCAGAGCGGCGUCAGCGACAGCGACUGGGGUGGCUGGCAGGAGAAUGCCAACAACAAGACGCAUCUGACCAGCUCCAGUUCGUAUCACACGCAGCUAAGCAGCAACAGCGGCAAUGCCACGGCUGGCCUCACGCACGACGCCGACUGGUCUGGCUUUGAGGCUUCGUCGUCCAACUACCAGAGCGCGGAGACCUCCUACCAGAAUGCCCCAUCGGGCGGACAGAGUUCACGCCGCAACAUGAAGCUGCAGGACACCUCGCAAAAGCUGAGCGAAGGCUUCGACAAUUUGGAUGUGAAAAAUGUGAAAUCGAAACCGGCCGCUCCAGCGGGCGAAAAGGUGAACGCCGAAGAUGAUGCCUGGAACUUGCUAAUGAACUAGAGAGAUAUCCCUUCCCCCCAACCCGAUUCAUUUUCCCGAACCGCAGUGUAUUUAUCCGUUCGUUGAGUUUCCAUUUUUGUUUGUUUUGUUAUCCUCAUGUGAGAAAAAGAAGCUGUUGUGCGCGCAUUUAAUGUAAUUAACUGAAACUCCCCC